AGUAACUCAUUUUCCAUGGCUUUGAAUGUCAACUCGACACUCAACAACAAAAAAUAUUCGAAAGCGUUGGUGCUUGCAGUGCGAUUUUCGGUAAAAUUAACAAAAAAAUCCAAGGGUUUUAACGUAUACUAUCCAUUUUUAUACAAAGGUUAUGUUUUUGCCGCUCACAGAAACCAGAUAAAAACAAUUCAUAAUGAGCCAACUGGAACGAUCACUGCUUCUGUUGGACGAAUCGAUCGUCAAGUCGAAACGAGGUCUCCUCCGGCCUAAGGAUCGUGACUUGCGUAGUCCCCACCAAUCGUUGCUAGGAGCGACAGGACCGGAUGACACGGCCACCACCGAUUUCGAUAUGUCUCUAACUGUAGGACCGCAGGAGAUGCGCAGCUUCCUGUUCGACAAUCAACGGAAUGAUCUGUCCACGAGUCGCUUGAGUUUGGCCGGCAGUCAGGUCAGUACGACGGGGCACAAUGUGCGACAUCAUACUGAGGCGCUGUUCGGGCAAUUUUUGGAAGUGUUGCAAAGGAGAAAUAGCGAGGCGGAGAUUUUCGAAACGGUUGAAGAUUUGAUAGAGACGUUGGACGAAGUUUUAAAUGGUAUCGACAAGAUGAUGGCAAUUUCUGCCUUCGGGAAGGAAAGGAAAAUUUUAGCAGACGAGGCGUGGUUGAAUGUGGAGCGAGACACUUGGAAACUGCUGUUCGCCCUGUACAAGGAUCGUUUGGUGGUUCAGAAGGAAGAUUGUGAAAUGGAUGAUUUGCCUUUGGUGAACAGCGAGAAAGCGAUUGUGGAACAUUUGUAUGCAGCGAAUGCUAAUUUGAGAGAGUACCAGCUGAUCGUUGAUUGGUUGGAACAAACGGCGCUGGAGCAGAAUCGGUUGCAGAUUGGUCAUUUUACUGAUCGGACGAUGGCUUGGGAGAACACAUUGCAUCAGUUGCAAAAUGUUGGUUUGACUGCCUUCGGCAGUACUAGGGAGAUAGUAAAAAGUUUGGAUCCAGAUGCGCCAGCCCGAGAAAGGCGUCCUUUGCACGAUUUGGACGUUGAGGAUCAGGCACGUCUGUCGCGACAAAUCUUCCAGGAGGUGCGGUUUGGUAGAAUUGAAGAAGCGCAAAAUCUUUGUGAACACUGCGGCCAACCCUGGAAGGCAGCGAUCCUUGAGGGAUGGCGAUUGCAUCAUGAUCCGAAUUAUGAGCCGGCGGCAGCAACAUCCGGUAAGGCCCUAACGGUGGGCGUAAAACAAGCCAUCGAAGGUAAUCCACGACGAGAUUUGUGGAAGAAGUUUGCGUGGAAGAUGGCCGAAAGUCGAGCGGUGGAUGAGUACACCCGGGCAACAAUUGGAUCGUUCUGCGGUAAUUUAGAUGCACUGCUCGGAAUUUUGGGCGAUCAUAACUGGACUGAUGUGCUGUGGGCUUACUUGAAGACCCAAAUCGACAUUCGUGUCGAAAGCGAAAUCCGGUCGCACUGCGUCAAAAGUUAUCUUCCAAUGCCGGAAAAAUAUUGGAACAGCAAGAUGACUUUGGAGCAGAUUUUCGAGGAGCUGGAGGCGCAUAAAAAUGUCCGUAUCAAAACCACCGCACGAGAUGUGGAUCGCGUCAUUCAAAAAUAUCUCAUCCUGGACGAUAUUCCACAACUAAUGCGUCAGUUCGACGCUUGGCUCUCCGAUAGUUCUUUUCCGCUGACGGCGCAGAUGCUUCGUUUUCUGACGCAUCUGAUAUUGUUCAUACGGCAGAUUGGGAAACAAUGCCAGGAGGACAUCGGUGAUAAAGUUAUCAAACGCUAUGUCGAAUGUUUGAUUAAACACGGAGAUGCACAGUUGGUGGCCUUCUAUACGGCCGCUCUGCCCACCGAUCUACAAUUGUUGAUGUAUUCGAGUUUCCUGGAAACGGUUACCGAGACGCAGGCUCGAAAACGGGUACUGGAAGAGGCCUACAACUUUGGGCUGGAUGUUCCGGCAGUCACGGUUUAUACGGUAGAAAAAAUACGAAAUCGUGAAGACGAGUCAGAUGUCAAACCGCAGGAAGGCGACAUCACUCCUUUGGAUCAGGCAAAAAUUGCUUCGCUAGAGUGGUUGAUCUUCUAUCCGGAUCAGCGAGGUGAAUUGUUGUGGCAAGCAAAUUGUUUGGUUCGCGCGUUUUUGGCCAAACGAAACGUAGAGGCUGCGCGGAAAGCUUUUGCCAUAGUACCUGUAGACACGAUCCAACAGAUCAUCAACAACUUCGGAUCGAAGGAUGACCUGCCCCGCAAGGAAGAAGCCAGCAUCAAGGAAUACCUCUGCCAUCAAACCUAUCUGGCGGCGAUCGACGGUUACAACGAUUGGGUUGAGUAUUACUACAAUAUGAAACCGAAGGCACCGCAGCUAGUUAAAUCGAACAACUUCACGGAGCGGGUUGCGUCGGAGCAUCGGGAGCAAACUUACCGGAUGGAUUUAGAACGUUGGCAUUCGCAGCUGCAAGAACAGACCACGGUAACGAGAGAUCUGUUGUACAAUAUCCUUCUGUUCCCCGAAAAGGGAUGGCUGAUCGAUCCGGAUUUCGACGAAAAAGUCGAUAAUGAAGGAGACGAAGAAUGGCAGAAUCGCAGAGUUCAGAUGGAUAACCUGCGCAAGUUGUGCAUUCCAGAUGUGGUGCUGUUAUUGCACCAGAUUUUCACGCUUUCCGGGCGAUUCAGCGAAAGUUUACAGCUGGCGGACGUUGUCAGUUCCGAACAAAGGCAGCUUUACAGUGUCUACUCGAAAUACAAAUUGGCGGAGGUUAUGACUAAGAUUGCCGAGUCCUCGUUGGCGCUUAUGAACGAAAAGCUGGAUCCAUUCGUCGGCGAUGAGGGUAAGAAAAAGUGAACAUGAAAGUAAUGAGGAGUAUGGUAAGUAGGUGUUUCGUCUCGGUAUUAAUUGUUUGCGUUAAAAUAAUAAAAUCCGUAAAUGUAA